UACCCUUAGAAAAAUCCUAAUGGAAAUUUCAAGAGGAGAAGGUUUUCUAUGUUUUGUGACGUUGUUCUUGUUUUUGUGUUCUACUAAUGCUUUGCUUUCUCCUAAAGGAAUUAACUUUGAAGUUCAAGAUUUGAUGAGUAUAAAAGCUUCAUUAAUGGAUCCUCAUGGAAUUCUAGAGAAUUGGGAUGGUGAUGUUGUUGAUCCAUGUAGUUGGAAUAUGGUUACUUGUUCUACUGAGAAUCUUGUUAUUAGUUUGGGAAUUCCUAGUCAGAAUUUAUCUGGUACAUUAUUACCAAGUAUUGGAAAGUUAACAAAUCUUCAAACUAUUAUGUUACAGAAUAACAACAUAACUGGACCAAUCAGUUCAGAGCUAGGAAAACUUUCCAUGCUUCAAACACUUGAUCUUUCUGAUAACUUCUUCAAUGGAAAGAUUCCUACUUCUCUUGGUCAUCUGAGAAAGCUUCAAUACUUGAGGCUUAAUAAUAACAGUUUUUCUGGUGGAUGUCCCGAGUCGUUGGCGAACAUGGCACAACUUACUUUUUUUUUAUUUGUCAUUCAACAAUCUUAG